AUGUCGACCACCGCCUCGACCAGCACGCCACCGACGGCGCAGGGCCAGCCGCACAAGUCGUCCGGCAAGCGCGUCUUCCGCAGCAUCUCGCGCUUCCUCUCGGGAGGAGGGUCGACCACCAAGCAGCGCCCCAAGCUUCCGCACCACGAGCAGGGCAGCAAGGACGGCCUGACCGCUACCCGCACUCGCACCAAGAGCCCGCGUCGCACGAGCAGCAGCCGCAGCUCGUCUCGCUCGCGGCGCACCAACGGCGACGACGACAACGACCUCGACCUCGACCGGGCGGGCCUGCACCGCCACGACCCGAGCCAGCGCACCCGAGGGCACUCGGUGUCGGCUCGUUCGGCGCUCUCGGGAGCCGACACGGACGCGUCCAUCUACGCCAUGUCGCCGUCGACCCGCGGCCCGUCGAGCAUCGUCUCGAGCCGCACCGUCGACUCGUCGUCGCACGACGCCUCGUCCCUCGCCCCGACCCACAAGAGCUACGCGUCGACCAAGCCGACGACGCUCCUCUCGGUCGACCUCGGCGGCGCGCCGGGCGCCAACCGCAUCGCCGUCGUGCCCGGCACCGGCGUCGGCGCGAGCGGCACGGGCCCGGGGUUCCUCGGCGCGAGCGCCGGCUCGGCCGGCUCGCACGGCCUGUCGUUCUCGUCAUCCCUCCCCGCAACGUCGAGCCCGACGCUCGCGCCCCCCAUCCCGGCGUCGGCAGCCGCGACCGCGCCGUUCGCCGCCGCGCUCCACACCCAGCACCGCCACCGACCCUCGUCCUCGUCGACCUCGUCGUCGCGCUCGCUCGUCUACCUCCCCGACGGCACCUCGCUCGACCUGCCCGACUCGCCGACCGGCGUCCCGUCGCACACGUACGCCCACCCGCGCAACAACCCGCACCCGGCGUUCCCGCCCGCCGACAACGCGAGCGUCCUGACGCUCGCCAGCUCGUCGUUCGCGCCGAGCGUCAUGAACAGCGGCGGCGCGAGCGUCGUCGGCGCCGCCGCAGGCGACAAGGCGGGCGCGCGCGCGUCGUGGACGAGCGCGGGCGGCCUGCGCGCGUGGAGCACACGCCAGGCGCGCUCGCUGCACGGCGGCGGUGGGAGCGGCACCAAGUCGCUGCUCGGCGCAGCGCAGGGCGCCGAGGCCGACGAGGACGCGAGCGUGCGGGCGCUGGCGGGCAGCCGGCGCGCGAGCGACGAGAGCCUCGGGAGCAGGAGCACCUGGAGCGCCGUCGUCUCUGCGGGUGUCGGGCCGGGCGCAGGCGGCGUCGGUGCCGGCGGCAGGCCUCGCGAGGGCAGCGUCAGGAGCCGGGCGCCGCUCGAGGAUGGCGAGCCGGCGGCGGCGGGCGGCGGCGAGCGGGACCCGAACGAGCGCCGCGCGAGCUUGCGCACGCUCGAGACGGCGCCGUCGAUCGUGCUCCCUGCCGGCGAGACGGACGCUCAACCGGGCGUUGACGGCGUCGACGAGGCGGCCGCCGACGACGAGCCCGUCGCGGCGCACACGCCCGAGGAGAAGGGCAAGAGCGUCGACGCGGCCGAGCACGUUGGCGUCGCGCCCACGCUCGCCGAGACGGCCGAGACGUUCGGCCUCCCCGUCGGCGGCGACAUUCUCGCUGCGUCGGCGGCGUCGGACGGUGCGAGCGGCGCGGGCAAGGACGGCGGCGAGGCGGCAACCGAGGCGAGCACGCCUCGAGGGGAGAAGGGCGAGGGCGAGGCGCUUGGGCUCGGGUCGGCGACGGACGUGGACGGGUCGAAGGAGACGACGGUUUGA